AUGGUUAAGUCGUCAGAGCAUCCUCAUGAUGUGGAGAUUACUGAGCCCUAUGAUGCAGAGAUUCGAGUUGAGAGGAAUGUAGCCUCUUUUCUUGAUGAAGACCCGAAUUUUGACUACCAUGACAUACCUCCAAACUCGGAUGAUGAAGGUGGUGGAGAGAAGUUUGUAAGAUUAAAAAAAGGUAGUGGUCAGUUGCAGUUUAAACAAGUGUUUGACACUCUAGAAGAUUUCAAAGAGUGUUUGAUAGAUUAUGCUUUGAAGGGAGGAUACAACAUUAAGCUUGAUAGGUGGGGGAAAGAAAAAAAUGGAGCUGUUUGUUCAAUGGAUGGUUGUCAUUGGAGGUGUUACUAUUCGUUUCAUAACCCCAUUGGGAAGUGGGUUCUGAAAACAUUUGAAGAUGAUCACAAUUGCACACCUGAUGGGUAUUGUAGAUUACUAAAGUCGGCUGUGGUGGCAAAGAUGUUUAUGGAUGAGAUAAGGUCUAAUCUUGAUUAUUCACCGAAAGCUAUACAAUAUGAGGUCCAAAAGAGGUUCAAUAUUAUGAUCACACCUGAUGUAUGCAAGAAGGCAAAGAAAAAAGUAUUAGAUAUGAUUCACCGUGACCAUAUAGAGCAGUUCUCUAGGCUCAGAGAUUACAAAGAUGCAAUCCUUGAGACUAAUCCUAACUCCACUGUGGAGUUAGACACUAUCAUUGGUGAUGAUGGAUCAGAACUAUUUCGAAGGUUCUAUGUCUGUUUUGAUGUGUUCCGCAAGUUAUGGCCAAUGUGGUGUCGACCCAUAUUUGGUAUUGAAGGGUGUUUUAUCAAGUCUACAUUUAAAGGGCAAUUGUUGGCUGCUGUUGGAAGGGACGCCAAUAAUGGCUUGUACCCCAUAGCUUGGGCUGUUGUUGAUGUUGAGGAUGAGGAGAACUCGACAUGGUUCUUAAGUCAUUUGAAAGAUCAUUUUCAUCUGCAAGAGGGUCAAGGAUUCACAGUCAUUUCUAAUAGACAAAAGGGCUUGUUAAAUGCAGUAAACAGGGUGUUGCCUUAUGUUGAACAUAGGAUGUGUGCUAGGCAUAUCUAUGGUAACUUGAAGGGUGCUUUCCCUAAUCAAAAUGAAGUGAAGACUCUGUUUUGGCGUGUGGCAGAAAGCUAUACGGUUGCUGAAUAUGAAGCAAACUUGCAAAAUGCAAGGAACUAUGAUAUCCGAUUAUAUGAUGCCAUUAUGCAGAGAAAUCCCAGGAAUUGCAGUUUAGCUUUCUGUUCACCUACAGCCAAAUGUGUUGAUGUUCACAACAACAUAUCAGAGUCGUUCAACAAUGCCAUCGAUCCAGCAAGGUACGUACCAAUGGUUGAGAUGUUGGAGACUAUUGGAAGAAGAACCAUGGUGCGUUUUGAUUUGAGGAAGACUGCGGCCAGUCAGUAUACAGGUCGAAUCACUGAGAGGGCAAAAGAGAUCUUAGAAGAAGAAGCUAAGUACAUUAAGUAUUGCUCAUUUUUCCCAGGUGCAGACGGUAGAUAUGAUGUUCGUGAGUCUGGUAUAAAUCACAGUGUGAAUCUUAGGCUGAGGACAUGUGUUUGUAGAAGAUGGGAUAUGAGUGGAAUUCCUUGUCGCCAUGCUCGUGUGAUCACCGAGAAGAAGCUUAAUCGUGAAGAUUACAUUAGCGACUGGUAUUUGAACUCGAGGCAGUUAUGUAUUUAUAGUAAUUCGGUUGCACCAGUUAAUGGUAUGUUGUUCUGGCAUAGAACUGGUUCUGUUGUGGUACCACCUGCUGCUUUAGUUGAACAGAUUGAAAACAGGAAAGGUAAGAAACCAAAGCUGAAGAGGGAGAAAGCAAGGCAUGAGUCUCCUACAAAAAAGAAGAAGAAGAUUAGUAGAGAGAAUAGGAUCAUGCAUUGUAGUCUAUGUAAUUACCCUAGACACAACAAAUUAAGGUGUCCUAAUGCUGGAGUGGAGAGAUACCAACCACCAAGGAAACCAAGGAAGAAGAAGCAGUCAUCAAAUGCAACUCAAGGAGCUGAAGGAAGUCAAGUAGCAAUUCGCACUUUCGAAGUGUGUACGGAUAUGAAAUGGCCAUUUUCCCGGUAUCCGAGGCAUCUCAGCCGCAAUAUUUGGCUUAUCCUCGACAUGUUCAUGUAUAUAUGA